GGGGGGAGGUGAAAGAGGAGGAGCUGGUGGAGGGAAGCUGGCGGACGCAGAGCUACCCCCUACCCAGCACACGCGAACACAUACAUACACAUAUACUCACACACACGCGCGCGCGCGCCCUCCUCAUCGCCACUACCCGCCGGGGAGGUGCAGAGAUGGGAGCAGCGCAUUUGCUCCUAGUGCCCACACCUGUCUGAGCGCGCCUGUCCGCCCGGGCGCAAAGAGCUGGGUCAGGGCGCAGGGAUGCGAGGCGCGGGAGCAGUGCCCAGCAUGGCCAUCAUGCCAACGCUCCUCGUCUUCCUCCUUUGUGCCAUCAGGGAAGUAAUCCCUUACAGUGCUCACUGGAAGCCUACUUGGCCAGCUUACCGAGUUCCCAUCAUCUUGCCUCAAUCCACCCACAAUUUAGACAAGCCAGACUUUGUGGCUGAAGCCAAAUUGGAAGUUUCAUCUUCCUGUGGGCCCCAGUGCCACAAGGUUUCACCUCUGCCAACAUAUGAAGAAGUCAAGCAAUAUUUGUCUUAUGAAACACUCUAUGCCAAUGGCAGCCGCACAGAGACAGAGGUUGGCAUUUAUGUCCAGCGAAGUGAGACAGAGCCCAAGGGCAGGUCUCGAAUGAAACGGCAGAUUUAUGGCUAUGACAGCAGGUUCAGCAUCUUUGGAAAGGACUUCUUGCUGAACUAUCCAUUCUCAACAUCCGUGAAGUUGUCAACCGGCUGCACUGGUACCCUAGUAGCUGAGAAACAUGUCCUUACUGCUGCCCACUGUAUCCAUGAUGGGAAAACUUAUGUGAAGGGGGCCCAGAAACUUCGAGUGGGCUUCCUGAAGCCCAAGGUGAAAGAUAGCAGUCGGGCCACUAACAUCUCCAAGUCAGCCAUCCCUGACAAGAUGAAAUUUCAGUGGAUUAGAGUGAAACGCACCCACGUCCCCAAGGGUUGGAUCAAAGGGAAUGCCAAUGACAUUGGGAUGGAUUAUGACUAUGCUCUUUUAGAGCUCAAAAAACCCCAUAAGAGAAAAUUCAUGAAGAUUGGGGUGAGCCCUCCUGCCAAGCAUCUGCCAGGGGGCCGAAUUCAUUUCUCUGGCUACGACAAUGACCGGCCAGGAAAUCUGGUAUACCGCUUCUGUGAUGUCAAAGAUGAGACAUAUGACCUCCUCUACCAGCAGUGCGAUGCUCAGCCUGGUGCUAGUGGGUCAGGAGUGUAUGUGAGGAUGUGGAAGAGACAGCAGCAAAGAUGGGAGCGCAAAAUUAUUGGGAUCUUUUCAGGACACCAGUGGGUGGACAUGAAUGGCUCGCCACAGGAUUUCAAUGUGGCUGUUCGCAUCACCCCCCUCAAAUACGCACAGAUUUGCUAUUGGAUUAAAGGAAACUACGUGGAUUGUAGGGAGGGAUGAGAAGGAUAUUUCUCCCCAGCAGCACUUAAUGGUCUUCAUUGUACUCAUUCUAAGAAAGGCCAAACUUUGUCUUGAGAGAGAGAGAGAGAGAGAGAGAGAGAGAGAGAGAGAGAGAGAGAGAGAGAGAGAGAGUAUGUGUGUGUGUGCACAUGUGUGCACGUACAUGCUUAUGGGAGAGUAUGUAGUGUCUGUGUAGAUAUCUAUGUAUAUGUCUGAGUGUAUACUUGUGUUUGCCCAGAGUAUGUAUUGUAGAGUUUCACUUAAAUCCCUAAAAUUAUAAGAUGCCUGGCUUUACUGUUUGAAGAUUAAUUUGUAUAUUACAUCUUGUGAGCAAUUCAAAGAAAUAUCUUUUGAUAGAAAUAAAGGUAUAGGGGGGUUCUAUUCAUGUGCUAAAUCAGUCUUAAAAUUUCCAAUGACUUUGGGUUUUAUCUAUCUAGACUUUCAUUAGUUUGUAUUAAAUACAUAGUACACAAAAGUUAUAAAGAUAUAAAUUCAUGCAAAUGUAUAUCCCUGGUCCAGUUCCCUAAAGGAAACAACUCAAUCUCAGUCUUCCUAAUGAGUGCAAGGACUAGAGGGGUGUGUGGUUAUGGUAUGUUGAACUUGAGGCAUUUUUUGUUAGUUCUUAGAGGAAUAAAAAUGAAAAAAAACCUGCUUAUAUUCAGUAUUUAUACAUACAUUCAAAUAUAAUUUAAUGGAAACUAGGAUCAUAGAAACAUAGAUUUAGAACUGGAAGGGCCUCAAAGUCCAACUUUUUUUUCUUAUCCCUCAUUUUACAAGUAAGAAAACUGAGGCCCAGAAAGAUUAAGUAAUUUGCCCAAAGUCACACAAGUGAAUGUUGUUAGAGGUAAAAUUUGAACUGAGGUCUUCUCUCAGACUUCUCUUUAGUUUAGAACUAUUUCCUUCCAAAAUGCCAUAUCCACAUAAUAUAUGGCAUUACUUGUCUUCCAAAUAACCUCAAGAAUAGGCAUGUACCACUUCAUUCAGUUCUUCCCACUUAACUGGAUUUUAACUAGAACAACUCCUCAGUGACAAUAAAUUUAGCAUAGUUCUCCUAAAUUGCCAUUGGUUCCCAAAUGACAAUGACUAGACACAAGAAGGAAUUAUUGACUCCUUCCCUUCACAAUCCCCUUCCCCACCAAGAAUAUCAACCAAAAUUUGUCAUCUUUUUUUAUUAGAAUAAUUUGAAAUUAAUUAAAAGCCAGGAAAGAGUGGGCACAAUGCUACACAGAUGUGGUGGCCAAAAUAAUUCUUUGGAUAUGGGCAGAUUGAUUCACUGAACAGAAAUUAUCUUUAGAUAGCUUUCUGUGCUUUAUAGGUCUGUAUUUGCUUAAUUUGUCCACACAUCGUUCUUUCACUUUCCUGACUUUUAUAGUGAAAACCCUUGGAUGGUUCAUUAAGAAAGUACUCCCAAUAGGACUUUUUAUUUAGUUCUAAAAGUGUCUGUUUUAUCGACGUGACCUGGAGCAUAUACUAUGUCAGUUAUAAUGGGGGUUUCUUCAGAAAUGAAAGGAUCCAAUGCAGAUAAGGAAUAUGCAAUCACUAAUGCUAUAAAAUAUGAUUAAUCACUAUAUGUAGUUGAGAGACUUUGACUUCUUGUUUACUAUUUACUUUGCUUGGCUCUCAACUACUACAGCUACCACUCAGGCACUUCCUGAAUGUCUGACAGUGAAGAAAGAAAAAUCCAAAGAGUUUGAUGCCGAUAGUCCUUCUACUUGCCCCUCUAGGUGUCAUUCCAAUGUGUUUUCUUGUUACUUGUUUGUCAGCACAUUCAAAUACAGCACUGUUGUGAUAGA